GCUCUCCGAGGCCGCCUCGCCCGCCCGCGCCCGGCCUCCAGCGCGGUCUCCGCGCGCUCCCCCUCGAGCCUCCGAGGCGCCCGCGGCCGCGGCCCGGGGAAGAUGGCGGCGACGGCGGUGGGGCCGGGGUCAGGUCCAGGUCCCGCACCGUGCGGGCCAGGCCCCUCCGCGGACGCGCGCCAAGGCGCCGCGCACCCUGCGCACCCCACGCUGCACCCCGACGAGGUGGCGGCGCGGCUGCAGCGGAUGCGGCGGGAGCUGAGCAACCGCAGGAAAAUCCUGGUGAAGAACCUGCCUCAGGACAGCAGCUGCCAGGAAGUUCAUGAUUUGUUAAAAGACUAUGAGUUAAAGUAUUGUUACGUGGACAGAAAUAAACGAACAGCUUUUGUUACCUUACUGAAUGGGGAACAAGCCCAAAAUGCAAUUCAGAUGUUUCAUCAAUAUUCGUUUCGAGGCAAAGACUUAAUAGUCCAGCUCCAACCCACAGAUGCUUUGCUGUGCAUCACCAACCUGCCCAUUUCCUUUACAUUAGAAGAGUUUGAAGAACUUGUUCGUGCUUAUGGAAAUAUCGAGCGAUGUUUUCUGGUUUACAGUGAAGUUACAGGCCAUUCCAAAGGCUAUGGAUUUGUGGAAUACAUGAAAAAGGACUUUGCAGCAAAGGCUAGAUUGGAACUAUUGGGGAAACAGUUGGGAGCAUCAGCACUCUUUGCACAAUGGAUGGAUGUUAAUCUGUUGGCCUCAGAGCUCAUUCAUUCUAAGUGCCUUUGUAUAGAUAAACUCCCUACUGACUACAGGGAUUCAGAAGAGCUUGUGCAAUUGUUUUCCAGUAUCCAUAAACCCGUGUUUUGCCAGCUCGCACAGGAUGAAGGUAGUUAUGUCAGUGGCUUUGCAGUGGUUGAAUAUAGCACUGCCGAGCAUGCAGAGGAGGUUCAGCAAAUGGUAGACGGCACGAGCAUCCGGGGGAGCAAAGUCCAGGUGUCCUUCUGUGCCCCUGGAGCGCCAGGGCGAAGUACGUUAGCAGCACUGAUAGCUGCUCAACAUGUGAUGCAGAGUAAUCAAAAGGGAUUACUUCCAGAGCCAAAUCCAGUACAAAUUAUGAAAAGUUUAAACAAUCCUGCCAUGUUACAAGUUCUUCUACAACCCCAGCUAUGUGGGAGAGCUGUUAAACCAGUUCUUGGAGCACCUCACAGCUUGCCUCAUCUAAUGAAUCCAUCCAUCUCCCCUGCAUUUUUACACUUGAAUAAAGCACAUCAGAGCUCAGUUAUGGGGACUACUUCUAACUUACUCCUUCAGAAUCUUUCUCAUGUGCCUCUGGCACAGCAACAAUUGAUGAAGUUGGAGAAUAUUCACACUAACAAUAAACCUGGCUUACUUGGAGAGCCCCCAGCUAUGGUACUGCAAACGGCACUAGGAAUAGGGUCAACCCUUCCACUGAAAACAGAGUUGGGGCACCACGGAGAAGCACAUAAAACACCUAAUCUGAUUGCAACUCAAACAACUGCACCAGCUGGGAUGGGCUUGGUACCGUUCUUCCCGACUCAGCACACUGUUGGACUAGCUGGGCUGGGCCACGGUAACACUCAGGAGAAACAGCCAGCCACAGUGGGACUCACAGAAGGAAAUUUCUCAGGGUCACAGCCUUAUCUUCAGACCUUUCCAAACCUUACUGCUGGAGGCCUGCUGACAGUACACCAGAAGCAGCAGCAAAGCCAGCCAAAAGGCACAGAGAUAAGUUCCGGGGCUGCCUCUAAGAACCAGACUUCACUCUUGGGAGAACCACCAAAAGAAAUUCGGCUCAGUAAAAAUCCAUAUUUGAAUUUGGCAAGUGUGUUGCCCAGUGUGUGCUUAUCAUCUGCUACAGGUAAAACCACUGGACCUAAGACUGGAAUUGCAAGCAACAUUCUGGAUGCAAUCUCUCAGGGAAAUGAAUCACAACGUGCAUUGGAGAAGUGCAUUGCUUACUCUCCACCUUUUGGUGAUUAUAUACAGGUGUCCUCUUUAAGAAAUGAAAAGCGAGGCUCGUCCUAUCUUAUCUCUGCCCCAGAGGGUGGCACAGUGGAAUUAGUCGGCCAGCAAUCUCAGGGCACUGGAGCCUAUUACUUAGAAACCUACUUAAAAAAGAAGCGAGUGUGCUGAGCUGAGUGUUCUCACCAUCACCUCCUCUGGUUCUCUGCAGCAUCUCUGCAGUUCAUCGCUGCCUUAACUUCACUCAGACUAGCCAUAUCCUUUCAAUACGGGUUUCUAGUUUCCCAGAAGGAACUGUGUCAUGCAGCAGGCAGAACUGCCAAAUAAAAAACAAAGUAGCAAUAAGAGACAUCACCUGAGGACAUUUUCCACUAGAAUUAGAUUUGUCUUAAUUCAUGUGAUAUUAACUUACAGUCCACUGGAGAAACAUUCUAAUAUUCCUUGUUUUAGAACUGGGAACAGUUUUCACAUCACAUACAGAAGUUUGAAGCAAUAAAUGGGAAACAGUCUUUGUUUCCUUAGCCUUAGAAUGAGUUUCUUAUAAGCAGAUGUGCACUGUAACUUGCUUUCCCUAGCAGUAAUCUCAUUUACAGAGUUUUAGGACCUUUCGUAGAACUAUAAGGGUGCAAAUACCAAAUGUGGUUGUUAGAAAUGCUAUGAAGAUGCUCUUCAAGCAAACUUCGUGAUUCUAUCCACACCAGCCAUGCAGUAUCAAACCCAACUGUAAAAUGAUGGUCACGUCCCAGGUACACACUUUGGUAGAUGCUUGACUGCUGUCAUUUGCCGUUUCUAUUUUUUAUGAAAAACACAAGAUGUUUUGGAAAAGUAACCGGUGAUCUAAUACAAAGGUUGGCAAAGUACACCCUAGGGCCUGCCACCUAUCUUUGUGCUGCCUGCAAGCUAAGAGUGAUGUUUACAUUUUUAAAUGGCUGGGGGGAAGACUUAUGACAUAAAACUUACAUGAAAUUCAAAUUUCAGUAUCCACAAAAUUUUUAUUGGACCACAGCCAAUCCCACUCAUUUCCAUAUUGUCUAUAGCUGCUUUUCUGCUACAGUGGGAACUAAGUAGAUUUGACAGAGACCUGAUAGCCUGCAAAGCCUAAAAUAUUUUCUCUCUGGCCCUGCAUAGAGAAAGUGUCCUGACGCCUGGUCAAAUGGCAGUAAUUUCCCAUUCCUUUUAUUUGAGCUAAAGAAGGACCUAUACCCUCUGAGACAGGCUUACACAUGGCAAGGAACAAGGGUUUCUGUGCCUCAUUUCACAGCAGAAACUAGCGAUCCAAUUACUACACUGGGCCAUUUUGAUCACCAAAUGCCCUACUUCCACAAUAUGGUCAUUGUCAAUACUUCACUUUGUGAAGAAGUCUGUUGGAGAUAGUGUUUAUAACCAUGAUGAGCUAGCUACACCUCACUCUUUGGUUUAUCUUGGUACAUUACUUGGUAGUGUGUUCGGGUGAAAACAUUAGCUCUUUUAUCCACUUUACUCUCAAAGAACUUUUGUCUUUGUCAGUGUAACUUUUGACAUCACCAUUUUCUGAAGAUCUUGGUGUUGUAAGUGCAUGAGAAGCCUUUUGCCAUUUAGAGAUUUCUAAGUUUGUUUCUUGUUAUGAGACCGUAAUUGACAGGAGUUUGGGAUUUCAAUGAUCCUAAUUUUUAGGAUCA